AUGAGAUUCCAAAGUUCUUCAGCUACAUUACACGGUGAAAUUUCUACCUUAGAAAAUGCUGGUAGAUUAAAGGGAAGUAUUUACAAAAAAUGUACCAUGUACACCACAUUAUCGCCUUGUGAUAUGUGUACAGGUGCUUGUAUUAUGUACGGAAUCAAGAGAGUUGUCCUUGGAGAAAAUGAUAACUUUGUAGGGGGAGAGGAAUUAUUAAAGCAAAAGGGCAUUGAAGUAGUGAAUUUGAAUGAUAAAGAUUGCAAAGACCUUAUGAGUAAAUUUAUUAAAGAGAGACCAGAAGACUGGUAUGAAGAUAUUGGCGAGUAG